AACAGCUCUAGACAAUUAUUACUGCUCCACCAAACUUUACAGUUGGCACUAUGCAUUCGGGCAGGUAGCGUUCUCCUGGCAUCCGUCAAACUCAGAUUUGUCUGUCAGACUGCCAGAUGAAGUAUGAUUGAUCACUUCAGAGAACUAAUUUCCACUGCUCCAGAGUCCAAUGUAGACGAGCUUUACACCACUCCAGCUGACGCUUGGCAUUGCACAUGGUGAUUUUAGGCUUGUGUGUGGCUGCUCUGCCAUGGAAACCCAUUUCAUUAAGCUCCUGACGAACAGUUCUUGUGCUGACGUUGCUUCCAGAGGCAGUUUUGAACUCGUAGUGAGUAUUGCAACUGAGGACAGAUGAUUUUUACACACUACGUGCUUCAACAGUUGGCGAUCCAGUUCUGUGAGGUUGUGUGGGCUACCACUUUGCAGCUGAGCUGUUGUUGCUCCUAAACAUUUCCACUUUACAAUAACAGCACUUACAGUUGACCUCGAGAAGACCAGAAAUUUGAUGAACUGACUUCUUGGAAAUGUGUCAUCCUAUGUCAGUGCCACGUUGAAAGUCACUGAGCUCUUCAGUACAGGCCAUUCUACUGCCAAUGUUUGUCUAUGGAGAUUGCAUGGUGGUGUGCUCGAUUUUAUAAACUUGUCAGCAACAGGUGUGGCUGAAAUAGCCAAAUCCACUAAUUUGAGGGGAUGUCCACAGACUUUGUAGUGUAUGUGCUACUCACUUCAGACUCAGUUCAUUAUUGGCAACAGUCAAUGUCAUGGAUCUUUGUCAUCUUUUCGGUUAGUUUUGUUUAUAGUCAUAUAUGUAAAUGAACCCUUUUCUUGUUAAUAUUGUAACUAUAAGCAAUAUCAGUUUCCUUUUCCGUAUUCAAUUUUGAUAUUGUAUUAUAUUAGCCCUUUGAUAGUUUUCUAAACACAAAUAUGUGUCACUGUUUGUGUAUAAGUGUUCCAGAAUAACAGGCCAGAGACAAAAAAGAAAAUUAGACAAAAAAGAAAAAAAGAAAACAAGUAAAAAUGUUAUGGAUGACUUUGAUUUAAGAUAAGAAACUCAAGCAACUGUUCAGAGACAAUGGUAUAAUACAAUGGUGCCAGGGUUGCCACAGUGGAUUGAGGAGAGAUGAGGAAAAUUAACUCUGACAAAGACAUGGAGAAGAUCAAGAGGCAUUUUCAGAUAAGGAUCAACUCUGGUGGAGGUCGCUUCAGGGAUAAAGACGGUAAGGAGUUCAAUUUAAUUGUGUGUGUGUGUGUGUGUGUGUGUGUGUGUGUGUGUGUGUGUGUGUGUGUGUGUGUGUGUGUGUGUGUGUGUGUGUGUGUGUGUGUGUGUGUGUGUGUGUGUGUGUGUGUGUGUGUGUGUGUGUGUGUGUGUGUGUGUGUGUGUGUGUGUGUGUGUGUGUGUGUGUGUGAGAAAAAACACUAACUAACCAGUACAAACAUCAUGUUCCUCUCAGGAUUAUGAGAACCCAAUCAAAAUCCAUCAUAAAAGGCAUCGGGUAGAAGUAAAUUCAAAUAUAAUAUGACAUACUUUAUAUCUUAAAUGACUGCGUUUUCAGUCAUUUCAUUCUAUAAUCUUGAACCGUUCAAUUUGACCUUGUCCAGGGGUGCCUCCAGGGGUCACUGCUGAGGGAGAGGGAACUGGAAGAGGUGUACGCCCGCGUGUCAUGGUGCAUCCUGGGAAGGUGGGGAGACAAGGAGAGGCUCCCAAGGAGACCAUUGACAGGUUGGAUGGACAGAGAGGCUGGUGAGCCGUGGUUGUGAGGAGGAUGGAGGCGACUACCACUGCUCAGGGUUCGAAACACAUCAUCAAGCUGAAACACCCGGAGAACCUUGUCGACUACACAGAGUAUCAGAGAGUGAAUGAGGGCUUCAGGAAGACUGCCAUGUGCUUAAGAUCUGAUAGGACUGGAGAUGUAAAAACAAUGUGGCGGAAACUAGAUGGAGCUGCUUACACCUUACCAGUUGUCUCAAGUCGGUGAAGAGGAGUGAAAGCAGGCAACAGUAGAGAAAGGCACAUGCAGACAACACAGUUUCAAAAGGCUCAACAACAACCACACCCUUCCUUCCUCAUAGAGAAAACAUUUGAGCUCUGUUUAUACAUGGUGCUAAGAUGUGACCCUUAUCCUGAUUGUGCCCACAUGUGUAAACUAGUGUAGUUGAUCAAAAAGGCACCUUUUGAGAUGAUUAGGAUCAGAAAUGCACACAUCCUGUAUGGGUAUCUCACAAGUGUGACUAGUGUGAAUAGAUACUUGUAUUUGUCCUGUUUGACACAUGUACAAUUGUGUAAAAUGUACGAGUGUGUGGUGUGAAAUGGAAAUGUGUUUUUUGCAUAACCCACUCUCCCUGAAAUGCCCUCAGAGAGUUGGGUCACAGCCAGGGAUGUGCCAUUAUUGACAUCGACCUUGGAACAAUUAGGGUUAAAUGCCUUGCUCAAGGGCAGAUUGACAGAAUUUUCACCUAGUUGGCUCGGGAUUCGAACUUGCAUUCAAACGCUCUCACCGGUAGGCUACCUGCCAGCAGACAGAUCUGGACAAUGAAACCAUUGAAAUCAUCAUUAUCCCGCAACUAUAAAAACAUUGACAGGUGGCACCAUUGGCUUAUGACAUCAAUAUGUGUCUUAAAAGGAUUUUAAAGGAAUAUCUGUCAAAUAAUUUGCAUACAGGGAGGGACAACAAGGAUAUCUGGUCACAAUGCAGACACAGUGGGUGGGUAAGAGACACUUUAAUAGCGUGUGUAAACACAGACCUGAAAAUGUGGUCUAAUUCAGAAUGUCUAAAAGAUCAGGACCAGGGAAGCAUAACAGCACCAAGUUAAAACAAAGCUUUUGGCACAGCUGAAUGGAUUGAACAGAUGACUGUAGAAUACCGGAUAUAAAACAUUGCUUUCAAAAACCUCAUGAAGUUUUCAUGUUGAUGUUCUGUUAUAGUAGAGGACACUUAUCUUCAUGAGAAGAUGGCUUCACUGUCUGUUUGACAUAAAGAUCCCGGUUGCCAUUGUCAACUGUAGUUGCAGUGUUUCCUGUGGAUCCAGUGGAUUUUAAACAAAAGUCUUACAUAACAUGCAGUAUGGGAGCCAAACACAGUAAAACAUGUACAGACACUGAUGAGGAUCCAUUAAUUACAAAUGAAGUGUUAGAUGAAGAGGAGGUCCUGUUUAAUCGUUUGGAUUUUGUGCUUAUUGGAGGUAAGGGUGCUGGAAAGAGUACCGUAGGAAACAUAAUCCUUGACAAGAAGUCCUCUUUCUGGAUAUUCAGUAAUAAACAACGUGUGAAGAAAAUAAAUCAGAAAAUAACUGUGAUCCGCACUCCUGGCUGGAGUCAGUCUGGACUCUAUAGCAGUCAAAAGAAGAUAAAGCGACAGAUCCAAGACUCUGUUAAGUCAUUUAAAGACGGACCUAAUGCUGUCAUCUUGGUCAUUGAAUCCACCUCUAAAGAGUCUAGUUUUAAUGUGUGUGAGCAGAAUAUACUGGAAGAUCUGCUUACCAAGAAAGUAUGGGAUCAUACUGUGGUGUUGUUCACAAAAGGGGAAAAACUGGCUGAAUUUGACCUCAGUGAGCAGAAAACCAAAGAUACAUUUGAACAUUUGAUAAGAAAAUGUGGAAACCGGUGUCAUGUUCUCUAUGACAACAAGCCACGCAAGCAACAGAACAGGGAGGUGAUCAAGACAUUAGAGGACAUGUCUCUUAAAAACAAAUAUGAGAAUUUCUACGUGGAGCAAGAAGCCACCGAUCCUGUAAGGAUAUCAACCAAGAGGUUGAUGAAGAAGAUCGCUCUGAAAGGAAACAUUUUGAACAAAAUUAGAAAACUUUAUUCACGUCUAUCAAUUGAAAAUGGCAGAUCCAACGAGUCCCUUCAGAAUGAAAUCAAAAAACUGCAAGAGAUCCUUAAACAGAAGGAUGAGGAUAUAACAAGACUACAGUCUUAUCUUAAUCAGCAUUCAGAGACAGACUUUCUCAGUCUGUCAAAUAUAGACAGACAGGCACAGACAGACUUUCUCAGUCUGUCAAAUAAAGACAGACAGACACAGACAGACUUUCUCAGUCCGUCAAAUAAAGACAGACAGACACAGACAGACUGUCCAGGACUCCCCGAAGAAAACCAACAGAAACAUCCCUUGAUGGGAGAAGAUAGCAAUGAGGACACAAAAGUGGAGAGAAAAUACUGGAUGAAUGAGGUGAAGGAGAGGGAUAUAGAGAUAGAACAGUUAAAGACUAAGUUGGGAAAGCAAGCCAGCUAUGGUACCAUUGCAAAACCAGUGAACAUGAAUGGGAGACAGGACACAAAUGGUAAAUUCUUCAAGAAACACAAGUUGGCGUUGGAGGACCGUAUGGGAUUGUUGCGACCCAUACUUCGGCUUCUCCAGGAGCGAGGGGUUUUGAAUGACGAGGAAAGGCAGGAGGUGGACAACAAAACAAACAAGACAUUGAAGAACCAGGCCCUGCUGGAAAUGGUUUUGUUGAAGGGACCUUGUGCCCAAGAGCAGUUCUACCAGGUACUGAGAGAAGUAGACCCUUUCCUGGUAAAGGCCCUGGAAGAGAAGACAAGUUGACAAGAGCAGGCUGGUGUGUAGUUAAGGAUUCCGACCCCAACCAGAAUAGGAGACCACUCUCCAGUUAUGUUUGACAUUAUCUGUGCUGCCUACCAGAUUAGGAACCUGUCGAUUUCUAAUCACUGGGAUUUACUGGGAUUUACAUGCAUUCAUUUUACUGGGAAUUACAUGCAUUCAGAGGGGUAAAGCGUUUUUCAAAAUAUACUGUUCAGAAAGGAUAUUCUUCACAUUACAUCACAAGUUAAUGAUGUCUUAGCCUACUCCAUGUAAAAUGUAUCUUUUAACUGUCUUGAAUAGGCCCCCAGGUCUCAGGAAAGGUGAUGUGACCAUGUAAGGCUAACGUUUAACAGCCUCUACUACACAGGUGUACUAACUGCACACAACAAGCUCAGGUAAAAGUAAAUACGCUGAUCAGGAAAGUCUGUGGUUGAAGCUUGACACCCCCUGGUGUCAUAGUGGAGGAUGGAAAUUGUUGGGCUUUGAAAAUUAUACUUUACACUGUAUCAUCUUGUGAGCCUCAAUCCAAAACACUGCAUGUUAUAGUUCUGUCACUUCAUUUUGUAUUUUAUUUUAUCAUGUAUUUUCCUACCAUAGCCUAUUCUGCUGUGUGAAACUAAAUUAUUUCUCAGUGUUCAAUAUAUCAUUAUACAGUAUAUAUUGAACCGUUUAGGUAUGCCAUUUAAAAAACAAACAAUUACAGUAAAUGUUGGUCAGUUUUGUCACUUUUAUAUUUUGUUGUAUUAUGUAUUUCCUUCCAUAGCCUAUUCUGCUGUUUCACACUGAAUUACUUUUUGUGUGAUUAAUAAAGCAUUAUAUAUUUACUUAA